UGUGAUCAACUCUUACCGCUAUUCAACUAGUCUUGCAAUACGCUGAUGUGAGUGUGGUAUAACAAGGAAACUACUAUAGCUAAUAUAUUCCCGAUGGCCGGAAGCGACACCGAGAAAUCGAGUAGACCACGUUGUACGACUCCGUCAAGCAAGUGAAAGGAGAUUUUCUGCAAAAGCGAACAUGAUUAAUGCACUUGAAUACCAAGCGUCAGAGCAAAGAACCGAACGCUUCACAGAAGAAUUGUACAAGAGUUCAAGACUGGAAAUAGCAAAAAAGUUCAUAUCAAAAUGUAGCACAGUGGGAACAAAACAUCCAAUCGUAAGACAACGAUUUCGUGACAAACUAAGCAGACAAUAAUGAAUACUACAGAAAAGGCCCAUAAGCAUGAUAUGUGUAAUGAAGUAUUUGAUGACUCGCCUUGUCUGCAGUCACAGCUCAAGUCACAUACAAAGGUAUAUCCCUACAAAUGUAGUGAAUGUGAAAAACGGUUUAAUAGUUCAUGUGACCUUAAAAACACAUUCUGAUACAUACAGGAGAGAAACAGCGUUUAAUAAUCCAAGUAAUUUAAAGAGGCACCAAUCGAUACAUACAAGAGAGAAACCAUACACGUGCGGUAUGUGUAAGAAAGAAUUUAGUCAGUUAUAUAGUUUAAAAAAGCAUCUCAGAGUACAUACGGGAGAUAAACCUUACACAUGCGAUAUCUGUAGUAAACCGUUUAGUGAUAACUCUACCUUGUAUAGACACCGAAGGGUACAUAGAGGAGAGAAACCUUACAAGUGUGAUAUAUGUAGCAGAGCGUUUAGUGAAAAUUUUAAAUUACAAAAUCACAGAAAGGUACAUACAGGAGAGAAACCUUACAAGUGUGAUAUAUGUAGCAGGGCUUUUAGUGAAAGUUCUAAAUUACAACAUCACCGAAGGGUGCAUACAGGAGAGAAACCGUAUGAGUGUGAUAUAUGUAAUAAGUCUUUUAAUGAAAAUUCUACAUUUUAUCGACAUCUAAGGAUGCAUACAGGGGAAAAACCAUACAAUUGUGAUGUAUGUAGCAAGGCGUUUAGUGAAAAUUUUAGAUUACAAAAUCACCGAAGGGUACAUACAGGGGAAAAUCCUUACAAGUGUGAUAUAUGUAGCAGGGCGUUUAGUGAAAAUUCUAAAUUGCAACAUCACCGAAGGGUACAUACCGGAGAGACGCCAUACAAGUGUGAUAUAUGUAGUAAAGAAUUUAGACAGUCAGCAGACCUAAGACGCCACGUAAAGAUACAUGAAAAAGAGAAAAACUGCCCGCAGGAAUUCUCUACUGCAUUGAUGGCUCAGUUGGACCACCUGCAGUCAUCACAUCAGACACAGGACUAAUGAAUAAAACCAUAUAGAAAUAAUGUUAUUAUUGACAUUCAUAAAGACGAA